UUUUGGGUAGCUUGUUUCCAGCCUCAGCAGCAGCUGCAGACCGCUUCCAUCAACAACAACCACCGGAGCAGAUAACGGGACUCACUGGAGGCAGAAUGCACCGACUCUUGCUGGUGUUUGUGGCCGCUGCCGGGGUCUCGGCGCUCGGCCUCCCACAGCUGGGUGCCUCCCCGGCGGACGAGCCAUGCGACGCGCCGCUGCAGUGGGAGGGAAAGUGGGUGGUGUACGACCACAACACGGGCAGAAACAGCCGGGCCGCGGUCUCCUACGACGGCCAGAACCAGAGGAUCCGAGUCCUGCAGCAGCACAAGAAACACACUCCGUGUCAGAGGUUUUUUGAGUACAUCUACCUGUAUCAGAGCAAAGUGAUGUUCCAGAUUGACCAGAAGACUAAAGAGUGCUCAAAGAUCGCCCUGACGGAGGCCUGGGAUCCCUUCGACAUCCCUAAAAACUCCACCUUUGAGGACCAGUACAUCAUCGGUGGCCCCGGGGACAACGUGGAGGUUCAGGAGUGGUCAGACAGGAAGCCGGCACGUCAGCAUGAGGCCUGGGUUGGUGUUUACACCCUGAAGGAUUGCUACCCGGUGCAGGAGACCUACACCAAGAACAGCACCGUCACCACCUCCACCCGUUUCCUCAGCCUGCAGCUGGGCAUCAGCGACCCCAAGGUCUUCACCCCGCCCCUCACCUGCCAGUCAUCCCGGCCUGAGAGGAUGGGCGAGUUCAGCUGUUGAGGCCUUCUGGGGAUUCACCCUUGACCUUAGAUAAUUAACAGCUGUUUGAGUCUUCAGUUGCUUCUGGCUUACCGCAUUUUAUCAAUUAAUAAACACUAACUGAGAGCAAAAACACAUGUAGCUGCUGUAGAAGUUAGGGCUAAACAAGGGUGCCAGUACUGCGACUUUCUCUGUUAAAUCUGUGUUAGUCACUGAAUUUAGAGCUGAAUGAAUACAUUCUGAAUAGAAAUAACUCUUGUGGGGCAACAAAGCUGAAUAAACACUGGAUUUAUGGAACCUGC